AUGGAGGCCAUCAAGAAGAAAAUGCAAGGCAUGAAGUUGGAGAAGGACAAUGCCGUUGACAGGGCCGAAACAGCAGAGAACCAAUCUCGGGAUGCAAAUCUCCGCGCUGACAAGGCGGAAGAGGAAGUUCGUUCUCUCCAGAAGAAAAUCCAGCAGAUUGAGAAUGAAUUGGAUCAAGUACAGGAGCAACUGGCCCAAGCGAACAACAAAUUGGAGGAGAAAGACAAAGCCUUGCAAGCCGCUGAAGGUGAAGUGGCUGCCUUAAACAGGCGUAUCCAACUCUUAGAGGAAGAUCUUGAACGUUCUGAAGAGCGUCUUAAAACUGCUACUGCUAAACUUGAGGAAGCUUCCCAGGCAGCUGAUGAAAGUGAGCGUAUGCGCAAGAUGCUUGAGCACAGGAGCAUAACAGAUGAGGAACGUAUGGAUGCCCUUGAAGAUCAACUUAAGGAAGCUAGGCUGAUGGCUGAGGAGGCAGAUCGCAAAUAUGAUGAGGUUGCCCGUAAGAUGGCAAUGGUUGAAGCUGAUUUGGAACGUGCUGAGGAACGUGCUGAGACAGGUGAAAACAAAAUUGUGGAGCUUGAAGAGGAGUUGAGAGUUGUUGGCAAUAACUUGAAAUCUCUGGAAGUCAGUGAGGAGAAGGCCCAACAAAGAGAAGAGGCUUAUGAAACCCAGAUCCGUGGUUCGUCCUCCAAACUAAAAGAGGCUGAAGCACGAGCAGAAUUUGCUGAACGAUCUGUGCAAAAACUACAAAAGGAGGUUGACAGACUGGAAGAUGAACUGGUUCAAGAAAAGGAGAAAUACAAGGCAAUCUCAGACGAAUUGGACCAGACAUUUGCAGAGCUUACUGGCUAUUAA